UGAAACCUCACGCACACGCGAACAUCCCCGACCCUCCACCCAACCGUCAGUCGUUAUCUAACCAUAAUCGCCGUAAAUAAAUCGUAGCGCACGCGAGUCUCGCCACUUUGGCCCUCGAAUUUGUUGCACCGCGCCGCACCGUACCGCAUCGGAUCGCAUCGGUUGUUGAGUUGAAGCGGCGAUUUAACCGCCCAUACUCGACACCGUCCGUCGGCCAUCCCGGCAUCGAUCGCCGAUCGAUUUUGUACUGGUUCGAUUUCGAUCCGUUCCAUGACGAAUAACGACAACGACGACAUCAACAACGACAAUCGUGCGCGCUGCCGCCGCGGCUGUCCUCGUGCGUUGUUGUAUAAAUAGGUCCGAACGUCCGGCGUUGCGCGCAGUUGGUUCGCGCGUAGUAUCUGUAGCGGUUAGUGCGAUUAUUGGCUUUAUUAUGAUGACCGUCAUCGUCGUACCCAGUUAGUUUUGUCCACUGUCCUGCACACCGGCCACCGGUACCCACUAUCUAUCAGUUGCGCAAUGUCUGUGCUCCGGCAAGUGAUCGAUGCCUUCUGGUCGCCGGACAUCUGGUUGCCGCCGAACACCCAGUGGUCUGACCUGGAACCUAACGAACAGGUCCAGUACACCGACCACCGGCACCUGUUUUACCCGCUGCCCAUGGCCGUUGUCGUAUUGCUCAUAAGAUAUCUGCUCGAAAAAUAUUGUUUUUCACCUUUUGGAAUUUCAUUGGGUAUCAAAAGCUCUAAACCGAAACGAGUUCAAAGUAAUGACGUGCUGGAGGAGACGUUUGCACGGAAUAGCAAAUGGAAUCAUAAGGAGGUGGUGGGCCUGGCCAAGAGGCUCGAUUGGACAGAGCGACAAGUAGAAAGAUGGUUGAGAUUAAGAAGAGCACAGGGCAAGCCUUCAACUCUCAUCAAAUUCUGUGAGAGCAGUUGGCGAUGUUUCUAUUACACAUUUUCAUUCCAUUAUGGUCUUGUGUUCUUAUGGAAUAAACCAUGGUUAUGGAAUAUAGAUUAUUGUUGGAUUGGAUAUCCGCACCAAGGUGUCACAAGAGACACAUGGUGGUACUAUAUGAUGUCAUUAUCAUUUUAUUGGGCAUUAGCUGUUUCUCAAUUUUUUGAUGUCAAACGAAAAGAUUUUUGGCAAAUGUUUGUGCAUCAUAUAUGUACUAUAUGCUUAUUAUCUUUUUCAUGGAUAUGUAAUUUUCAUAGAAUUGGAACUCUUGUGCUUUUAACUCAUGAUUGUGGUGAUAUUUUCCUCGAGUGUGCAAAAAUGGCCAAAUACGCCAAAUAUCAAAAGUUAUGCGACUUCAUUUCAGUAGUAUUCAUUGUUGUCUGGUUGGUAACUAGAAUUGGCUUAUUCCCUUUUUGGAUUUUGUACAGUACGUCAGUUGAUGCACCUGAAGUAGUAAAUCAAAUGUUCCCUGCUUAUUACAUAUUUAAUGGACUACUGUUUCUUUUACUUGGUCUUCAUCUUUAUUGGACACACUUAAUUUUGAGAAUUGCAUAUCUGUCCUGGAAUUCUGGAAAAAUGGAUGGUGACAUUCGUAGUUCUUCUAGUGAUGAAAUUACACUAGAUGAUGAUUCAAAUACCAAAAUAGAUGACAUAAAUGGAGCGUUACCAAAUGGCACAAUUUAAAUUAUACUACUUUUAUUUAUCUUUGUUUUAUUGAGUUUUGUUUGAAAUAAUUUCAAAAGCACUUUAGG